UUUCUCUUCUACAGUGUUUGGUCCUCUGCAGCUGCCGUACUCUCGUGUGCUCCUUCGUAACCUAGAAUUUGAAGCAUGGAGCUUAUGCAAAACUUCUUGUCUCAUGACAUUGAUCGGCAGUCAUAGGUGACACUGAUGAUUUCUGCCGUGGAUGUCUGCAAGGGUUCUAGGCAGGUGUUUGGCUCGCCUCCACCUUCAUGCUUCCCCCAGACAAGCGGUUGCCUUUGUCAGGGGCAAAUAUGCGAGCUUUGACUCUGACAGUGGAGAGAAGGCACAGCAGCAGCGAGAAGAGGAGGAUGAAGAGGAAGGUGCGUCUUCGUCUUCGCGUGUGGUGGGGCAGUACACACUGCAGUACAAUCCCUCGGCCUACUGUCGACCCGUGAUAGGGGUAGGGAGGUCUGUCCGCCAGGACCAGUUAAAGAGUCAGGAUGAGUUGCCCCAGCUUGGCCUGGCUCCCGCUCUCCGACAGAAGAGCAACAUCUACAGCAUCAGCUCCUCCCGCCACCUCUCCAACACCAGGAGCACAAUACUGGAUCUUGCGUUAAACAGACACGGCAACUCUAAGGACAAGGCAGCCGCCCCUCCGCCCCCUCGUGAUGUUCCUCCGGACGUCCAGGUGGACCCCCGCGCCUUCCAGCUGUGCCGGCCGGAGUACCGCAGCUUCACCCACGACCUCUCCUCGAGGCCCCCGCCUCUCCCGGCGAAACAGAUCUCCUUGGUCCUGCACAAGGUGACCAUGCUCAAGGGCAGCAUGAUGCCGACGGACAUCGCCGGCUUCCUGCGCGACCUGAGCACGCUGCCCGCGGAGCAGACGGCGGUCGCGCGCGGCGACUCGCGCUUCUCCAUGCUGCUGCGCUACAGCGUGGAGUCCAUGCAGGCCUUCAGCGACGUCCAGCUCCUGGAGGUGCUGCGGUCGCUGGUGCUGCUGGGCCUGCCGCCGAACCACAGCAUGCUGGAGCUCUACGAGGCCGAGUUCGCGCGGCGGGCCGACGGCCUGGAGCUCCACCAGCUGCUCCUGGCCGGCGACCUCUGGCGCUGCCUGGGCCGCACGGUCGCCCGCUACCUGGAGCGCCUGGCCGACUGCGUCAGCGCCCACCUGGGCCAGGCGGGCGCGCCGGAGCUGGUGGAGCUGGUGUACCUGCUGGGCGAGGGCCGAAGGUGCCCGCCGUCGCUGCGCCAGCCGCUGGAGUUGGCGCUGGCGAAGCACCUGGACGUCCUCCACGCGGAGGAGGUGGGCUCGCUGUGCCUGGGCCUCUUCAAGUCGCAGAGCGGCCUGAGCGGCGGGAUGGUUCGGAGGCUGGUGGACCGGGCGCUCGUCGUCGUGGGCGAGAUGAGCGACUUCGCGCUGGUCAACGUGAUGAAGCUGCUGCGCUUCAGCCACGCGGACCACGUGGCCUGGCUGGACGCCAUGGGCGCCGAGAUCCCCCGCCGCGCCCCGGGGAUGGGCGUCCAGGGCCUGAUGCACGUGGUGCUCGCCUGCUCGGCGCUGCACUACCGCGACAACCGCAUCCUCCUGGCCGUCGCCAAGCGCGUGCCGGACAUCGCGCCCCACUGCCGCAGCAAGGACGCCUGCAAGAUGCUGUGGGCGUUCGGCAUGCUGGGCCUCCACCCGAGACAGAGCCCCGGGCUCUACUCCACCCUCACCGAGGUGGUGCGCCAGCGCGAGGCCGAUUUCCGGCGAUAUCCCGAGCAACUGCUGACCGCUCUGCUGGGCCUGGCGUUCGCCGGCCAGUUCCCGCAGGACCUGCUCGCCGCGGCCCUGAGCCCCGAGUUCGUGAGCCGAGCGUCGGCGUCGCAGCGGAUGGAGCUGCGGACUGACCUGUUCACGCUGGACGGCACCGUGGGCCUGGAGCUGCCCCAGUGGACGGGCCCGCGUCUGCCCGCCUCCGUGCGGGACGAGGCGACCCGGAUGCUGUGGGACUUCGCCCGCGAGGACGUGUGCCUCAAGCCCGAGCUGUUGGAGGCGGAGGACGCGCUGCAGGAGCUGCUCGGGGGGGAGCGUUUCGUCCGCAAGCACAUGAUCCUCCCGCACACGCGCUCCAUCGACCUCGAGGUGCGACUCGACCCACAGGGCCAGCCGCUGCCCGUCGUCUCGGAGGAGGAGGAGGAGGAGAACGGAGGCGAGGCCGAUCUUCGUCCAUCCUCCGUCGAUAGGUACCUGGAUCAGGGCCACAGUGGGGUGACGCUGACCGACGACCUUGUGGCGCAGCUGACCAACAGGCGCAAAUCUCCGGCGACAGCUCCCCCGCCUCCGCCGCGGCGCAACGUGGAGGCGGGCGGCGAGCGCGAAGUCGUCUUCAGCGUCGGAGUGGACCUGACGGACGGUCUCCUGGGCUCUCUGACCAAACCCCGCUCCCAGAGACCGCGGAAACUUGAGCGGACGAUCACGAAGAUCGCCGUACAGGUGUCCACCAGGAACCACUAUGGCUACCGGUCACAGCAACUCCUAGGCCUCCAUGCACUGAAGCGCAGGCAUUUGGCUCUUGCAGGGUACCAGGUUGUGGAAGUUCCUCACUGGGAGUGGUUUCCACUACUGCGUCGCUCUCGCACAGAGAAACUGGCCUACCUGCAAUGCAAAAUAUUUGGGACUCUGAAAUAGUUUUUUGGUGAUUUGUAAUGAAAUAAAUGUUGCCUUAUAAGGUCAAUCAACAAUCCUUUGUUAUGCUAUGAAAUAUUUAGUGUGGUUCACAUUCACAGUUUCACGGCAAGUCUAUGUUGUCAACGUAUUGUCAAGAAACCAAUAUGUAUUCUGUCAAAUCAAUGAUUUUAUAGUUUACCAAAAACACUGAAACGUGACGGUAAUGUGCAACAGAGAGCCAGAACCUUCCUUCUGUUCUCCAUAUCCGCUUAUUGAGUUUGUGUGCGUGGCAACGUCUUGAUUCCUUUUCCAUCAUUCAUAUCAAGUCAUGUUUACCACAUUCUGAAGAGCCAUCUCUCAUUAGUCCUCCUGGCCUUUUGUUUAUGUGCAGAAUAUUCAUGAGGUGGCCGCCGUCUUCCUUUUUCAGCGAGAUCUUGACACGUAGUUGAACUUGAUGACCAUAAACUGGACCAUUUUUUGAAAUUAAGACAAUUACUGUUUACACAUUGAAGCAUUCAAUGCAGCAAUAAACAGCAAAGGAAAUAAUUUGCUGAUUGUAUACCUUCAUGACUGGACUGAAUAGCGUUUCAUCAGCUCAUAAACUCUUGUUCCCUGAAGUGCUGCUGGCGCCACAUCAUCUUUGUCCUCUGUGUUCUUUUAGUUUCAGUUUCUCUGUUGUGGCAUCUCAAAAAAAAAAAAG